UGCUCGUGUUGAAUCCUCCACUGCGGUAACGGUGUCGUUAAAUCUGUUGAACGCGUCUUGUCGUCGCGCGUUCAGUGAAACGCCGGUCGGUCUUCAGUCCGCUUGUAGCCGCUGGUGUAUUGGAGUCGGUUCGGGCGUCCGUGGAUUGCCUCAAUACCUCCUCGAAAAGCCCGUUCUGUUCUUUAAGUUCAAGAAAACACCCGGAGCCCUUGCCGUAUCGUCUUUGACUCUUACCGGAGAUCAAUGUAUAUUUUUCGGCGCCAGCGGAGCGCGAAAUCUUGCAGGACAAUGUUGAUCGUUUUUGUAUAAAACAGCUCAACCGGUUCCGGUCAGUCAAACUUUACCUCAGAGAAGAUCACGGUGGAUAACUCGCGUGUGUUUUGUGUAUUUAUUAUUAUUUUUUACCUCAGAAAGUGAUGGCGGGGCGAGGACGAGCACUGCUCGUGCUGUUUGCGGGUCUCACCGUUUUUCGGUUCGGCGGAGCGAGUAAAGGUGCUGGGAUUCAGGGCUUCACCUCGUUCAGGUUCUCCGUGGAACCCGUGGACACGUUGGCCGUACGAGGUCUCCCGGCGGUUCUGAACUGCUCUGCCGUCAGCGAUGCUCUGGUCAGGGUGGAAUGGAAGAAGGACGGAACCUUCCUGAAUCUGGCAGCGGACGACCGGAGACGACAGCUGCCCGACGGCUCUCUCUUCAUCAGUACUGUGAUUCACUCCAAACACAAUAAACCCGAUGAGGGCGUUUAUCAGUGUGUCGCCACCAUCCACAAUCUGGGCACCAUCAGCAGCCGAACGGCCAGACUCACGGUGGCAGGACUGCCGCGGUUCCUCAGUCAGCCGGAGGGCGUGUCCGUUCGUGUGGGCGGGACCGAGAUGUUGAACUGUGAGGUGACGGAGGAGCUGGCCCCGUUCACCCGCUGGGAGAAGAGCGGUGGAGCUGUCGAUGUGGACGCUCGGGUCACACAGCUGCCCGGCGGAGCGCUGGUCAUCAGCAACGCCUCUCAGAGCGACGCCGGACUCUACCGCUGCAUCAUUGACGGUGUGGGAGCGGCCAAAACCAGCGAGGAGGCGGAGUUACAGGUGUCAUCAGACUCCGGUGUUGAGGAAAAACUGGAGAUCCUCCAGGGUCCGGUUGCCGUGGCAAAGGUUGUCAGGGAGAACGUGUUGUUGCCAUGCGUGAUGAAAGGUCAUCCUGUUCCGGUUAUUCGCUGGACGUUUAACUGGAGGCCGGUUGAUGAAGGCGAACGCUUUGCUGUGAUUGGUGGAGGCAGCCUGCAGAUUGUUAACCUGACAGAAGAGGAUGCUGGGAUAUACAGCUGCCAGGCAGACGGAGGCAACACUACCAAUGAGAUUCAGGCAGAGCUCACAGUGCUGGUUCCUCCACGCUUCCUCACGACACCCUCGAACACUUACGCUCAAGAGUCUAUGGACAUCAUCUUUGAGUGUGAUGUCAUGGGCUCACCGCCGCCCACCGUCAGAUGGAUGAAAGACGGAGACACGGUCAUCCCGAGCGAUUAUUUCAGAAUCGUGGAACAGCACAAUCUGCAGGUGUUGGGUUUGGUGAAAUCAGACGAGGGCUUUUAUCAGUGUUUAACAGAGAAUGAUGCUGGAAACAUUCAGGCCAGCGCACAGCUCAUCAUACUGGACUUAGACGUUGCCCUUCCUUCUGCUCUUCCUUCACUGACUGAUGCCACUGCUGACCAUGUAGCGUCCGGCCCCGUCGACGGCUCCGGCCCCGUCCCGUCUGCACCGCGUGAUGUGGUGGCGUCUCUGGUGUCCACGCGCUUCAUCAAACUCACCUGGAGACUUCCUGCUGAAGCUCACGGAGAAAACAUCACCUACUCCGUCUUCUACAGUCUGAACGGCACCAACAGGGAGCGUGUGGAGAACACCAGCGUGCCGGGAGAGAUGCAGGUCACCAUUCAGAACCUCGUCCCCGACACCAAGUACACCUUCCGGGUGGUCUCGUCCAAUGCCAACGGCCCAGGAGAGAGCUCCGCCCCGCUUACAGUGGCCACUCAACCCGAGGUUCAGCUGCCGGGACCGGCUCCAAACGUUCAGGUGAUGUCUGUGGGCUCAACAUCCAUCACCCUGAGCUGGGAGCAACCUCUGACGGGCAACGGAGAGAUCCACACCUAUAAACUCUUCUGCAGUGAGACGGGUCGAGACUCGGAGCAGGACACAGACGUGACGCAGGCUCUGUCUUACACUAUGACGGGACUCAUGACCUUCACAGAAUACACUUUCAGAGUGGUGGCGUAUAACAAACACGGUCCUGGAGUUUCUACAGAAGACGUGACGGUGCGGACGCUGUCUGACGUACCGAGCGCUUCUCCUCAGAACGUCACGCUGGAGGUCCUCAACUCAACGAGCAUCAUGGUCCGCUGGCAGCCGCCUCCGUCGGGCAGUUUGAACGGAGAACUGAUGGGAUAUAAACUACGCUAUCGUAAAGGACUGCGGAGGGCGGAUUCAGUGGAGAUCACAACAACACAACUCUCUCAAAUCAUUGACGGUGACAGGUGUUGUGUUGUUUCAGGUCUGGAGCAAGGGAAAGUGUACACCUUCAGAGUUUCAGCCACUACUGUAAACGGAUCCGGACCGGCCACAGAAUGGACGGCGGCAGAAACCUUCGAGAAUGAUCUGGAUGAAUCGCAGGUCCCGGGCAUGCCGAGUUCUCUUCACAUCCGUCCGCUGGUGAACAGAAUGGUGGUGAGUUGGACUCCUCCAGAGGAUCGGGAGGUUUUAGUGCGAGGUUAUAAGAUGGGUUACGGUCUGGGCAGUCCUCACGCACACACCGUCGCUCUGGAUUAUAAACAGCGCUUCUACAGCAUCGAUAACCUCGAUGCUGCUUCACAUUACGUCAUCACACUGAAGGCCUUUAACAACAUGGGUGAAGGAAUCCCCAUCUACAACAGCGCAACAACCAGACCACAAUCCGACCCCGCAGACCCCGACAUUGAUUUUUAUGAACUCUUUAAUAACCCAUACACCCCAGCACCUGACCCUUCACCCAUGCUGCCCCCCGUGGGCGUUCAAGCGUCCGUCCUCAGUCACGACACAGUCAAAGUCAGCUGGGCCGACAACUCGCUCGCCAAGAACCAGAAGAUCACCGACUCCAGAUAUUACACCAUCAGAUGGAAGACCAACAUCCCGGCCAACACCAAGUAUAAGAUGGCAAACACGACGUCUCUGUUUCACACGGUCCCGGGUCUGAAGGCAAACACACUCUAUGAGUUCUCUGUGAUGGUGACCAGGAGCCGCAGGAGCAGCACGUGGAGCAUGACGGCACACGCCACCACACUGGAGACCAUUCCCAGCUCAGCACCUAAAGAUGUGACAGUGAUCAGUAAAGAAGGAAACCCACGAAUAAUCAACAUCAACUGGCAGCCGCCAACCGAAGCCAACGGCAAAAUCACAGGGUACAUCAUCUACUACAGCACUGAUGUGAACGCUGAGGUUCAUGAUUGGGUGGUGGAGCCGGUGGUGGGGAAUCGUCUCACUCAUCAGAUUCAGGCUCUGACUCUGGACACCAGCUACUACUUUAAGAUCCAGGCCAGAAACUCCAAAGGCAUGGGCCCGCUGUCUGAAGCGCUUCUGUUCCGCACUCCUAAAGCUGAACCUUCUGACAAGAUGUCCAGCGAUCAGGGUCUGCAGGUGAAGCCCGGACACCCGGUCCUACCCGGUCACGGCAUCGGAUCCAACAUCGGUAAACACAAACUCAAUGUCACCAUCUGCUGGACAAACGUCACACCUGCUGUGAAAUAAUUAUACCUCUCUCUC